AUGGCGUCUCUUCGUGUCCCUGCGCCCACGCCGGUCCCUACAUCUACCCUUGCCAAGAGACGUAGCAUCCACAUGCCACUUUCUAGUCACGGUAUGCCCAAGGCUCCUCGCGCUUUGUCGCCAGAACGACCUCACAGAUUCUCGGCCUUCAUCCUGCCUGACUCACCCGCAGAGUCUUCAUCAAUGAAUCCCAUAUCCCCAGGACCAAUGUCUCCUCCAAUGUCAGCUAAAUCAUUUGGCACUUUCAUCGACUCGGCGCCUUCUACACCAGCCUAUUCGCCAAGGCAAGCUGAUGAAGAAUGGGACCUCUCGCAGAUAGCCAUCUUGCGACCUAUGUCUUCGUCUUCAGCACCUUCGAGCCCUACAGAGCCAGCUUGGGAAAUGAUGGCACCUACCAAAACAUCGGCCAGUAUCGCGCCACUACACGUGGAUCGCAUCAUCGAAAGACCAAAGCUGCCGACUUCAACGUCACAGCCAAUCACACUCUCCCAGCCCAUCAAAAGGACCAAGCCCCCUGCACCAGUCAGAGCAACAACCGACGUGUCAAAGUCAAAUGUCAAGACGAAUGAGGAACACAUCCUCCGGAAGAAAGCCGAAGCCCAAGCAAGGAAGCUGGUCGAAGACGAAGAAGCAGCAAAGUCACAAGAACUAGCAACUCCACAAGAAGCAACUGAGAAAACAGAACCAGAACCUAACCCUAAAAUCGAUACAGCACCCCUCGGCAAGCUCGCAACACGCAUGAAGUCGUUGCUUAGGCGGAACACCAGCGACAAGAAAAAAGAGAAGAAGAGGAAGAUCCAGCUAGAGUUCGAUCGGCUGGAGGAUGCCCAUUGGUCGGAGAUGUAA